AUCAGUUUACCCUGUGGCGUCGUGACCUUUGGGAAUUAAGAGAGCUCCUCAGAAUGCAUUCCAGCAAACUGUUCCUCUUCUCCGUCGCCUUGGCGUGGAUCGCCAGCGUCGACGCCACCUUCGCCAUCGCCGGGGCAUCCACAGGCCUCAUCCUGGGCGGUCUGGCUGCCCUGAAGGGCGCCGCGCUCCUCGGCUACGCAAUCGGCAAGAAGAAGAAGUACGCCGCCAAGGCCAAGCCGUUCAUCUUCAAGCGCUCCGUGGGGGAGGUUCUCGUCAACGACCAGGAAGAGACGGAGCUCUUUUCGGCCGUCGAGAAAUUAGACCCAGCUGGUUGCAUCCCGAAGUUGCUCUGCCACCUGCAGUUCAAGGAGGAGGCCCUCAGGACUCCCGAAGAGAACGUUCUGGUACAGAUGUUCUCGAACAGGCCCGAUGACCAGGGGUCCUACGGCUCGGCCUUCGCCUACGCCGCUGAGGUCGGCCAAAAGGGCGCUGACUCCACCGUCUGCGAGGAGCACUUCAACACCUGCCCUUACUCCAAGGAUAACGUGAGCGAGAUGCUUCAGGAGUCCUGGGGCUGCGCCCUUAGGCCUACCCUGAUGCAUCACAACAAACUGACUCUAGCCGCUAUGACCCUCCUGUGGGCAGCCACAGCUAACGCCACCAUCAUCAUCACGGGCGUGACCACCGGCCUCGUCCUGGGAGCCGAGGCUGAGGAACACCUCCUGUCGACCGUCGGGAAGCUAGACCCAAGCGGCUGCGUCCUGAAGUUGCUCUGCCACCUGCAGUUCAAAGAGGAGUCCUCGAGGACUCCCGAAGAGGAGGUCCUCGUCCAGAUGUUCGGCAACGGGACGGAAGCCCUCAGUUCACACAGUGCUGCCUUCGUCUUCGCCUCUGAGAUUGGGAGCAGGAACAGAGACCCAGCUGUCUGCGAGAGGUACUUCAGUCAGUGCCCCUUCAGAGGCGAGGAAGUCAGUGGCCUCCUGCAGGAGUCCUGGGCCUGUGGUGGAUUGCGAGACCUCCCGAAGGAACGCUGA